GCCCUCCUGGUCGAGGGUCCAGUCUGCGCGACACCAAAGGGGCCAGGCAACACUGCACACUACACGGAACCAGAUGGAGCGACGCGCACGACUCCCACCAUGCAUUGCUUCUACGCUGUGGCAUUUCCACACUGCACUCAUCGGCGUAUGGUCUGGGUUUUGGAGUUCUUUUGUUUUCGCACCGAUGAUUCCCAAAUUCGCUGUGUUUCUGCUGAAAUUUCGAUGUUUCAUUUGUUGGCGGUCUGGCUUGGUUCCGUGGACGGCAUCAGAAUCUUAGAGGCGAGCAUUAAUCAACGGCACGGAUCUCUUUGUGGUCAUCGGGAAUCCGAUAGGAGUUCUGGACAAGGUGGCCGUGGGUUCGAGCACCAGGGCGGCGUGCGGAAAGGGGGUUUUCUCUUUGGCAACGGGACAAGACAAAGACAGUCGGCGCUUUUCCAUUCACAUGCGCGGAUGUUUAAGACGAAGCAAGCUCCUCGACCACGAGCAUUUGUGGCGGUGACCACUCGACCGGAAAUACAACCGCGUCCUUCACCGAGAAACAAAAAACGCAACGGGGGAUUGAUACAUCAUUGGCGCUUUACACACACCUUUGUCAAGAGUAUUGCAUCGAGGUCUUUUUUCAUCUGGGGCCGGCCGUGGCUUCGCUUCAUCCCGGUUGGAUGGUUUUGCAUUCGGCGGCCAGAUCUUCUAUCUUCCGUUUCUCGAUUUUCCCCCAUGAUCAUGACCUCGUUUCUCUUCGGUUUCCCAGCUGAAGUUGCCAUACUUGAAACGCGACCCAAACCGCGUUUUACGUGUGACACUCGCAGCCUGGAAUGUUCGACCCGCAUGUGCUACUUGGUGCUAGCAUUUUUGUUUGUUCUCUGAGCGGGCUUACAUGGUGGUGGUGUUUAUUUGGUCCGGCCAAAUCAUACCUUUAUGUUAUUUGUCUCUGUGGGGGUUUUGCUGGUAUAAAAUGGUUCACUGGGGGGAUUCGAUACCUUGGGAGGGAUUUAUGGCCUGGGUUUUUUCUGCUCUUUUCUGUGACAGAUUUCAUAGGCGCGUCGGAGUUCGUCCUCUUUCAAUUCUUGAUCCAUCCCUGUUGGGAUUUCCUGUUCGUCUACCCACCUGCCGCGGCG